GAAUGUCAGGUCACUGUCAAUAAAAAAAAAAAAUUAAAAAAUAACCGUUGACGAAGUGUUUGUUUUCCAUGAUUUUGUGAUAUUAAUUUGCUUUUAACUUAUUUUUUAUUUAUAAAAUGGCUUCUUUCGAUUUAAAUGCGAUAAACACAGCUUUAAGUGAGCCGACCAGAACUGUUAGUGGUGUGGACUUUUCUGGAAAAUCAUUGAAACUUGAUACGGAGAAAGAUGCUCAACCUAUCGUGGAUGCCAUCAACUCGUGUCCCGACCUUCAGUACCUGACAUUGACGGGUAACACCCUCGGUGUGGCGGCCGCCAAGGCCAUAGCGAAGGCCCUGGAGCACCACCCCGAGCUGAAGGUGGCUCGGUUCUCGGACAUGUUCACCGGCAGGAUGAAGACUGAGAUACCGCCCGCUUUGAGUGCGCUAGGCGACGGCAUGAUAGCGGCCGGCGCUCGCCUCUCGCUGUUAGAUCUCAGUGACAACGCAUUCGGCCCCAUCGGAGUGGAGGGGCUCGCUAGGCUUCUUCAGAGCGAGGUCUGCGGCCAACUGCAGGAGUUGCGGCUUAAUAACAACGGUCUCGGCAUCACCGGCGGAAGACUCCUGGCCAAGGCUCUGUCAGCGAACCCUCGGAGGCUGAAGGUGUUCAUAGCGGGCAGGAACAGGCUGGAGAAUGACGGGGCGACAGCUUUGGCCAAGGUGUUCCAGGAAAUGGGCACCCUUGAAGAGGUAGCGAUGCCCCAGAAUGGCAUAUACCACGUCGGCAUAUCGUCGCUGUCUGACGCGUUCAAAAAGAACCCGGGACUUCGGAGUCUGAAUCUUAACGACAACACUAUUGGGGGCAAGGGGGCGCAGGCUAUAGCUGACGCUUUACCCAGAUUGAAAAAUUUAAAAUCGAUAAAUUUUGGUGAUUGCUUAUUGAAAAGCAAAGGUGCUAAAGCUCUCGCCAGAGCUUUCAAAGAUAACUCGGUCCGUUUAGAGUCACUAGACCUGAGCCACAACGAAAUAGGCAGAGAGGCGUGUAUGGAGAUUGUGGACGCCAUCACAUCGCCGUCUGAUGCGCAGGCGCAGGGGACCAAAGUUGUUUUGGCCGGUAACAGUUUAGGCGGUACGGCCAACAAGAAGACGAUGAGGGACAAAUUAGGUGAAACUGCCGUGUUGAGUGAUGGAGAAGGGAGUGACGGCGAUGAAUACGUGACAGACUCCGAGGAGGAGUCGUCGGGCGAUGAGAGUGAGCGCUCAGAAGACAGCGCAACGGAGGACGCUCAACAUUUGGACACGAGCGCUGAUUUCGUUAAAGAUGUCAUCGCCCUCGACAACUCAGGCGUAGAAGAGAUCGAAACAGAUGUAGGCAGAUUCCUGAAGGAGCCUACCUCACUAAACCUGGACAGGCUGGGUCCAGAGGCGGCCGAUGUCAUAGAUGCACAUUUACAGUCAAUAAAAGAGCCGGCCGAUUUGAUCCAGGCGUAUGUUGAAGCAACAUUCUGUGUUUCGGGCCUGUAUCAGGAUAACAAUACAGCGGCACAGAUAUCCCGCAAACUAUACCCGAUACUGUUAUCCCGGGCGGGGCAACAGCACGCCGCCGCCUGGCUCCUAGCGGAUACCAUGUUGCGGGGACUCGGACUCAUCAAAUCUGAAAACAAAGAGUACCGCCCCCGCUGGUCGCUCCCCGGCUGCUACACAGCCCUCGGCUCGGUAAUAGAAGAGGCAUACUUCCCGCCGGCUCUACGGGACACGCUACGCUUCUUCAUAGCAAGCAAGUUACCGGUGCUUGGAGAAGAUACGAAACAAGCCGUAUUGAGGCAGAGAACGUUGCAACAACAUAAUACACAAUACGCUUGA